AUGCCUUUCUCUGCACACUCUAUUAUUGAUCAGGUCCACGAAGAGUCUUUAUUAAAUCUCCUCACCUCCGUGGCCUCUCAAGGCUCAACAGGUCCGGCGACGGCCAUACCAGCCCUAGACGCAUAUUGCUCUGCGGCAAACAUCUCCUACCGCGGAAAUAUUCUGGAGAUUCAAGGCCCACCAGCAUCCGGCAAGACAAGUUUGAUCUACUUUGCCAUCACAACCUGCAUACUCCCGCCAAUCUUUCAUUCUGUCCGCCUAGGAGGAUGGGGGAAAAUAGUCUUUCUGUUCGACAUGGACAGCGUCUUCGACAUCAUUCGUCUCAAGGAUAUCCUUCUCCACCGUCUCUCCAGUACUUCCCUUGUCCCUAACGCGUUCUCGACGCUCGUCGCGAUGUCUUUGGCACGACUGUGCAUUUUGCGGCCCAACUCUACCCAACAACUGGCGGUAUCUCUAGCCAACAUACAGAAGAUCAUGUCUACUCGCUUCCCCAACCAAGAGCUGGGCAUUGUUAUCGUCGACUCCUUGAGUAGCUUUUACUGGCCAGACCGCUUCAUCUCGGAACGGACAGCACUGAAUAAGCAAACCCUCAAUCCACUUAAACAUGUCAUCCAUGCCCUACAAUGUCUGCGGAUAUCACUUGCGCCUUUUGUGAUCCUUUCCAACUGGGGCCUCAUUCCAUUGGAACAGACAGAAGACCCUGUACUAUAUCGCCAACACCUCACUCCGUACUACCCUGACACGUUCUCUGAAGCUCCCGAAGGCUACAACCAACCGCGAUCUACCUCUAAUCAUUUCAUCGUCGAUUUGCAUAUCACCACAGCGCCAUCGUUGCAAGUGCCUGGUAGCUUUGUCGGUUACAUCAGAUCUGCUGCGAGUAACCAACGAAGUAGAAUGAUGUUUAGAGUUACAGCUGAAGGAAUACAUUUCGCUUGA